AUGUCAGCCUUGUUUUCCAAGCUCAUGAGAGUCAAUGAGAUUUUUCACGCCCAAGGCUUUCAGCGGAAAGUUGUCACGGUCAAAGAUGUCCUGAGGCCCUUUGCCAUACUCUUUACAUUGAACGUUACAUUAUUGGCAACUGUUUCUGCUGUGGAUCCUCUGGUCUGGGUUUAUCAUGAUGACAAAAUCAGUGGAUGUUACCCUGCGACUUCUUUGGGUUAUGUGUUGUAUGUCUUGCUGGGCUUGUUGAAUUUGAUUGCUCUAUUCAUUCUUUGCGUCCAGGCAUACCGCGCCCGCGAUAUUGACAGUGAAUUCAGUGAGGCAAGAGGAGUUGCAUUUGCCUUGUGCACAUGGUUUGUGUCGUUCCUCAUUGUUAUACCCACAGAGCAAUUCUUGGGUUUCAAAGAUUGCAGUGAUGCACUUCACAUGCUCAGGGUUAUGUAUAUUUUUGUUGUGAGCUCAGGCACGUUGCUCUUCAUCUUUGCCCCCAUUAUUGCGCAUCAUCGGCAACGACAGCAGCAAAGGGCCAGCACUACCCAUUCUCGAACUCGAAUAUCAGGCAUUGACACACAACACCAAGCUCCAUCGAUUGGGAUCUUCUUGGACGAGGAGCGUGCCAAUGGAGCACAAACAGAUUAUGCCCAGCGCGUGGCGGAGAUGGAACUCGAGUUGAAAGUUCUCCGUUCUCGCUUGAUCGAAACUGAAGAUAUGCAAUCAGCAGAAGAAUCAGGGAAACGCGAGUCGAGUCAUAGUGAUUGA